GUCCUUUCAUUCGGUUCGUUGUGGUCGUCUACACCAAGUCUACACUGUACCAUGCCUAAACACUACUGCGAUUACUGUGAUGUCUUCUUGACUCACGACUCGGCUUCGGUGCGUAAAGCCCAUAAUAGCGGGCGUAAUCACCUUGCAAAUGUUCGGGACUACUAUGCCUCCCUCGGUCACGACAAGGCGCAGAGUAUAAUUGACCAGAUCACAGCCGCCUAUGAAUCGAGCGGUGGACCUCCGCCUGGUGGGUUUGGGUUUGGGCCGCAGCACUUGGGGCCACCUGCGCCGUUCGCUGGCCCCCCUGGCUUCGGCGGCCCCCCUCCAGGUUUCGGGGGGCCUCCCCCCGGUUUCGGUGGACCCCGGCCUCCCUUCCCUCCCGGGCCUGGUUUCCCGCCUAUGGGUGCACCUGGUGCACCUCCAUUCCCUCCAAGUAUGCCUCCCCCAGGAAUGGCCGGCCCUCCCGGCGCAGGACCACCUCCGUUCGCACCGAAUGCUCAAGGUCUUUCAGGCGGUCCUCCUCCCUUCCCUCCCAAUUUUCAAUCGCCCCCUCCUGGCCAAGGACCUCCGGGUGGGAACUUCGGUAACGCCCCAUUUAAUGGACCAGGUCAGUCACAGGGCCCACCUUCCGCUUCGAGUGGACCUCCUGGCCCGGGCGGUAUACAUCCUGACCGUCUCAGAAUGAUGAACGGGAGGUGAAGUAUUACGUGGCGGGUGCAUUCCUUCUCAUCCACCCUUUGAGCCUGCGGUGCGCUCCUACAUUGCGACCUUGCAAGCUUAACGACGUGCAAUUUCUUGAUAUCUUCACAGGAUAGUAGUGAGUCUCAUGUCGGCAGGUAAAUGGUUUUAUGACAUGCGGUGAAUAAAAGUCGUAUAUUUCCUGUCUUAUUUCUUUCCAUAUUGAUAUCCACUGCGGCACUUGGCUCGUAGUCGGGCGAUUGUGGAUGUC